CUGCAUCAUUUGAGACGACGUUCACAGACCGUGCAUCCUGUAGCCUACACUACACGCUACACAAUACUGAGCAUGCGCAGACAUCAAUGAUAUAUGGACCUAGUUUCCGCCUCACACACGUACAACUAAGUUUAAUGAAGAAGGUGUCCCCGAACCAUUCUAGUUGAGUACCAGCGACCCAGUUCACGCUAAUGAAUGUUUGAAUGCUAUGGUGGUACCAGUGAUUUCUGCAUGCCACGUUGCAAGUUCACACAUGUGUUCCAUUCUUUGUACAGCUCUGUGAUUGAUACUUUCGUUCCAAAUUUUCCUGUUAUUUUCUGAAGUAUUUCAUCGUAAUUAUUAGUAUUAGUUUUCUAUCUUGAUUAAGUUAAACGUGUGUGUCUUUUUUUAGUACGAUGAUGUCAUGUCAAGGAAAAAGAAAUUAGAUUUUUUUGCUUUUGUGGAAGAUUUGGACCAAAGAGAAUCGGCCAUCUCUAAAUAUUUGUCGUCGAAGUGCGACGCUUUAGCGACGAACUUUAUUCAUUCUAAAUUAUCUCUGGACGACAAACUCUCCCUGCUUGUUUCCAAGUUUUCCUUUGCUGAAGUUCUGCGUGUGCGAAAUUGUAUUGGAAACAGUGGGAUUGAAGACUCGGAUCUGCUUGCUGAAUGUUUGGCAGCAGAUGCUGAACUGUGUGCAGCAUUAGUGGCUUUAAAUUCUCAACAAGAAGAGCUGGAAGGAGUUGAAGCUGCUGCUACUAGUACUACUGCUAGUAGUAGUAGUACUAGUACUAGUAGGCCUACUACUACUACCGUAUUUGCUCCACCAGUCUCUAGAUGCCUGGUUUGUGAGGAGAAACUCACACGGAAUCAUGGGAUUACAACCGUGAAAUAUUUUUCAUUCACUGGUAUUGAUGAGGCCAAGAAAAUUACUUUGCGGUGUCGUCCCUGCAACCUCACAUACGACUGGUACGAGUACGGGAGUAAGACAACACACUGGAAACUGUAUGAAGAGCAACGUCCAGCUGUACAGGCUAGUGACAGUGUGUUCGUCUGUCGAAAGCUGUUUGAUUUUCAGUGUUCCCUUGCCAAUCAUUCAUGGGUCAGUUUUGCAGGGUUUGCUGAGUCUUUCAAUGAUGCAUUUCACAUGAGCAAGAGUUGUAGACUCACUGCCAAGCAAGUCUCUUCUGUAUUUUACAACGGAGAGGUGGAGAAUGAGCUGCGUGAUAUAUGUCAACUUGACAUGUUCCAGUUGAAGAAACGUGAUGGAGACAUUGAAAAGGUUAUAGAGGCCAUCGACGAUUUGCGAAUUCACAACACUUAUGAGCACCCUAACUGCCACCCAAAGUGCAAGGCUAAAGGUUGUGGACGAGUGUUUGUUGCUGAUGGAAUAUGGAAAUUGAGUUUCCCUCACUGCAUGUUCAAGGUCAAGAGUAUUGUGUCUGGAAUCCCUGUACCAAGUCUACCAAAUGUGUGUACAAAGUCCCCCGCCUAUGGAAAAGCUUUUUGCCUUGAACACUGCACAGCUGUCGAGAAGGAGUCUAUUCCAACAGACUUGCGUACUUUUUUGAAGUACUGCGUGGAGAAGAAAGUAAAUUCGGCUACUUCAACUUCCAAGCAUGCUCCCAGUGCUGCUACUGGUGGAGGUCCUGCAGCUUCUACACACAGAGCUCCAGCACAGCAAGAUCCUGCAAUAGGUACUUCUGGAGGUCCCGCUGCAGUGACAUGUGUCAAGCGUGAUCCUGUAUCUGCCUCCAUUGCUGAUCCCGUUGCUGUCCCAUGUGCACGUGAUGAAGGUUCUUCCACUGCGCCAGAGUGUGGAGUCCUUGAGGAUGCAUAUGAUGACCCUGUCAGAGAGGACACCAUCAGCAAUGUUGAACAAGUGCUUGAAAAGAUUCAGCCAAGUGUGUCAUCUGGACCAUCCGUUGUUGACGCCCAAGGUACAUUGGCUUUUCUUCAGAAACACAUCUCCAACAUCAGCAAGAUCAUGGCAGGUUGUAUAGAAGAAAAACCAACUUCUUGUAAGAAGGACACUGGUCGUAAAGCACGUCUUCAGAAGUGGUCUCGGGGUCACUUGUUUAUAGUACGUGCUGGAGGACACAUUGAGUUCUUCCAGUCUCUGUACAAGUCAGAAUCACCAUCACAAGUGUUCAUCAUUCUUCUUUCAUGGCUGGAUGUGCUUCUCCAAUCAAUACCACCAAGUGAAUGGUCGAACAUCGCUGUUGUCUACGACAAUAUGUGUCACCUGGACAACAUGGUAGUUGCCAGGUCACCCCUGCCACUGCCUGCUCCUUGGUCACACAUGUGGAGUGCACUAAAAAAAUGUGUGGAUCGCUUGCAUAUACGGAAUCACACCGAUGAGCAGUGCAAGUUAAAAUACCACCCAAAGGAUCACCUUGAAGAGGCAGACAAUACUAUGACUUGCGAGCAAACAUUUGUGUGGUUGGCGAGGUUCAAGAAAAUAGUAUGCGCCAUGUCUAAAAACCACCACCUGUUUUAUCUUCAUCGAAUGGUGAAGAGGCGUAACUGGUACACAGCGAAGUGCUAUGAGCAAGGUUGCAGCCCUGUUCUUCCGGUGGUAAAAAGUGUAAAUACCAAGUAGAUUACCGUGUUCUCAAUAGGUAUUUUAGUUGUUUGUGUUGACCACAUCAAUCCAAGUACAUUUUUUUAAAUUCAGUCCUUCUGGUUUGAAAAUCUCAGGUGUGUGGAAAAAGGCACACCUGGUUUUUUUUAGGCGUGUGCUUUUUCUAGGUGUGUGAUUUUUCUAGGUGUGUGAUUCUAUAUUCCAAGCUGGGAUAUUAUUUCAUAAUAUUCAUCGUGGUUUACUAUUAAGCCAUUUUCUCCUCACUGACAUACUUCAUUUUAUCACAAAUGAUGAAGUAUAAUUAGCACACAAGGUGUGCGGUACUGAGGGAUUCAGGCUUGCGAUUAUUCGCACUUCUCGGAAAGCUUUUAGGUGUGCGAUGGCGUGGGGGUGUGAUUGCAUGCCUCAUAACAGAAGGGCUGGUAAUUAAAACAACACAGCAUUCUUUUGAAUUGUACCCACAAAAAGAUGUACACGAACCGAAAACAGAAGUGCUCCGAAGUGUUUUAAUCUCAAAGGGUUGUGAUAAUAUUGAAAGAAUUAUUUACUUAGAUUUAGUUUGUUUUAGAAAUGCCUUAUACUAUUUGCCUUUUCUUUUAGUUGAGAACAUUUGAUGUUCUCACAUCGUUGGAAACGAACUUCCAUGCUCAACCUUUGAUGUGUUGAAACUUAUGUAAAGAUUUCUUUAUACACAAGACGUUUGAAAUGGUUUAUCACUGGUUAUCAGGCAUUCAUACCUUUGCACUGUGCAGAGUGUAGAUGCAAGAAAGAGUUUGUUGGCAAAGCUUUGCAGUUCAGGAGGUCUUUGCUUUUUCCAUGCGAAGUAAUUCCUGAAUAUUCCCUUAUUCACACAACCAUCAUCAAUAUCAAAUUAUCAUCUCGAAAGCACUCAGAGAAGGCACAUCCGCCAAGGCUGAAUAAUUCCCCUUUGUAUUAUUAGUACACCAUAUUGGAUAUCUACUGGACUUUUUUAUUGCACUUUCCCUCUUCCCCAUAAUGUACAACAGGCGCGGUUAUGGCGCCUAUAUUUGUGUAGACUGGUUAUUUUCUCCAUACACUUAGGUCUAAGAAAAGUCAAUGGUGAGCGCUGAUACAAUCUUACAAUCGGGCACACUAUAUUAAUGAAAGUGUACAAAUGGUACCCUUCCCACAACUAUUUAUUUAGUUCGCAUGUUUGUCACAGUCUUAAAUUUGCUAGUGCCAUUGAAAAAAAAAUAAUUAAUUUGCAAAUAUUACAGGGACUUCGUAUCGCAAAAGUUAGGAACUUAUCACAUUGUGUCUCGGACUCUGAGGAGUACUUGGCGAGUACAAAAUAAAACGAAACCCACAUGAAGUGAAGUUCUGCGUGUAGCUCUUUUGAAAUCUAGGAUAUGAAAGCCAAGUUGAUAAGCUUCCUUUGGGUGCAAAACUUAUUCAAAUCAAUUGUUGUUUUUGAAGUCGCGGAAUUUGAAACACAACAACUGUUUUACAGUUCUGUCCACGAACCACCAAAAAAAGUGUGCAUCUUUCAGCAAAACGAAAAAAGAAGUCACACACAUCCGUAUGUAAUUUGCUUUCAUUUUUGCUGAAAGAUCACUUACUCUGUGUGAUUCGUUGACAGAACUUUAAUAGGGUGACUGUGUUAACAAUAUCUCAAUUUCAACAGUACAUAUAUGUUUUGAAUGAUUCUUGUACUAAAAGAAAGCUUAUGAAUUGGGCUUUCGUAUCCCAGAUUUUGAAAGGGCUACAUGCAGAAAUUCACUAACACAUUGAUGCUGACAUUUGGGAUUCGUUUUUUUGUUACUCGCCUUGCAUUCUAUUAAAAAGUGUAUUAUGUAAAUUUAUAUUCUCGUGUCCAAAAUGUAUCAAAUUCAUCACUAUGUUUGCGUGCUAAAUUGAUUUGAAUGAUUUUUGUACUAGGAGAAAGCCGUAUCCUAAUUGUUUUGGACUCGCCAUGUAUAUUGGUCUUUGUCCCGGUAUUUAAAAUGUCUGUUUUAGAAUCUAAAGACUCUGUCUGGUUUUGAUUCGGACAAGGAUGUUUUGACUACAUGUUGUGACAACAUGUGAAGCGCUCAUUUACAUGUACAUAAUUGUAUUACAUCACUAGUGUUGCAAUCUAUGGUUGUGUUGAUAGCAAUGUUAGCAGUUUCAAUGUAAUUUUUUUUUUUAAAUCACGUCAACUACAAGUGUUAAGAUAUGUACACCAGGAUAUGAGAUGUUGAAUGUUGAGUCUAUUAGAGGAACACAUGCUUAUUGAAUUUGAUGUAUGAUAAAAAAAAAACAUUGCUACAUGUAUGAUGUCUGCAACAGUUAUUGUUGUAAUAGUUUACAAUGUGUUCUGUGUUGUUUAGCGAUAAGAUUAGACUCUUGACAAUUUGUGUGCUAUCAUCGCAUGGGGUUGAAGAUAACCAAUCUCCCAAUAGUUUAAGUAGACCUCUGUCAGGAGUCUGCUGUUAAAUUCGAAAUGUCUUUUAUAUGCAUUUCAACAGCAAUGUCCAAAAAGUACAUGUGCAUGUACAAUGUUAUUUUUUUUUAUUGUCUGAACAAGGGGUGUAAAAUCUCCGCCUUUUUCCCUACUUACUGUGUACAAAAGUAUAGAUGAUUUUUCAAAUGUAAGCUGUUUUACACCUUUUUUCAGGUGUUUUGAGCUAUUCAGUGGUCUCUUUCUCCCCGUCUGAAGUCAUUGAGCCAGCAUUCUUUGACAUGCGGAUGUUUGAUAAUACUGUUCAGAAUUCAAAUUUUAGGCAGUUGAUAGUCGGCGGACCAUCGUUGGAAAUUUAUACAAAAAUACUAUUUUCUUGUAAAUGACUUCACACCAAGUGCCGUAAUUUUACAGGAUGCUUUAUACUGUCAUUUACCAACAUCCUAGUAAAUUACUUCUUAAAACUUGGCAGUUUUAUUAUUCGAUGUUUGCAAAUGCUGUAUAUUCCCUUUAACUCGGCAGUGUUUCAUGAACAAAUUUGCCUGCCCGACCACUCUGCGUUUGUAACAACAAACGCAAACCUCUAUUUUUUUUUUUUUUAUUGUUACGUUUUAUGUAUGGGCUAAUUGUUUUUAAAAAAAAUUGUAAAUGCAAAUGUAAGUACAUGUAAGAAAAUUUGGGGUGAAUUGCUUGUGUUUUUUUAACAGUGUUGCUAUUGUACCAAAGUUGUGGACACCGUGUCUGUUAUUUGUGUUUGCAUUGAUGCUUGUAUUUGUACGCGUUCAUGCAUACAUGUGAUUUUUGUAUACCUACACAGAUUGAUUGGACAUACCGUAUGUGAUUUUUAUUUGGGGCGUUAAUGUAUGUUGAAGCUGCAUAUGUUAAAUGAAAGUAGAACAGUUAUACAAACAUGUUCUAUUUGACAAGUGUGUUUAAAAUCUUAAUCAUUGUCCUGAUUAGUAUUCCGUUUAUAUCAGUUUAUUAAUUAGUUAACUUAGUGCGAUUUUUACAUUAAUACAUUUUGGAAACCAUUUGUUGUGAAUGCAAAUUUACGUGUUACUGAUGAAGUUGUUUGGGAGAUUGAAUAAAUGUGUUAUCACGUAAAUAUUAUGCAUUUUGAAAAUUCGA